CCCAUUUUUUUAGUUCCUGAAUAAACUCAUGAUUUCAUAGAUUUUGAAUAUUUUUCUUACUAACCAAAAUAUCCCUGCACACACCAAACACGACGCCAUAACAAAACAACAUCUAUACAAUCUCCUUACACCCUCAUCGCCCACAUCGUCUCAAUUGAGCAAACUAUCACAAACCUCACACGACAACCCACAACCACCAUGCCACCCAAAUCCACCACCACCCCCACCUCCUUCCGCCUCCCCCUCCUCUACACAACCUUCUUCCUAACAAUCGAACCCCUCUCCACCCUCCUCGGCGCCUACUUCGCCUACUUCCAGCCUCACCACUACCUCACCCUGACCACGCCCUCCACCCCUCAAUCGACCCUCGUCCCCCUCCCCCCCUCUACAGCAAUCGUCCUCCAACAACUAGCAAACCUCUACCUCCUCCUCUCCAUCACCGAAGCCACGCUCCUCCGCACCACCAACGACCUAGCCGUGUGGCGCGUCUUCCUCUUCGGCUUGUUGGUGGCGGAUGUAGGGCAUGUGUGGAGUGUCCGCGAGGCGGUGGGGUGGGAGGGGUACUGGAAUGUGGCGGGGUGGAAUGCGAUGGAUUGGGGGAAUUUGGGAUUUGUGUAUGUGGCGGCUGCUUUGAGGGUUGCGUUUUUGCUGGGCGUGGGGUUGCCGGCGAAGGCUGGGGGGAAGGCGAAGGCGAAGAAGUGAAUGAGAGAUGCUGGAAAGAAGGGUGGGGAUUCGAGAAGGGAUGCUAGAAAGGAUGUGGGGAUUACGAGUGUUAAGAGAGUAGAGGUGGACUGGGUUAGGAGGAGUGGGAAUACCGCCGAGCUUGUUGCUGGGAGAUGUCCAGAUCAUGUCGUACGUCGAAGAUAUUGGGAGCUUUGUGAGAUGGGAAAACCCAACUGCUGUCUGUAACCCAACUACUGUAUUUCUAGACAAUAUGCACACAACGCAACAGUAUAGACCCUGUCCAUUUUAAGUUUCUGCGCAAAAUCAAACAUAUUAUAGACGGG